AUGGCCGCAACCACCGAACCGACUAAGAAGACACCAGGGGGUGUCCCGCGAGCCACGCCUGGGCGCGGCUCGCGAGACGAUAAGAUCCUCGCCGCACUCACCGACCGACUGGCAAGCCUCGAGUCGUCGCAGAAAGUACGAGACGAGGAGGAGCGCGUGCUCGGGGGCCGUGGAGAGCGGACUGUCCGCCUCGAAACUCGGCGCCAACAUGCGCGGCCGACCGAUGACGAUCGACACGAUCGAAGACGCGGAGGAGAAGGCACCGGUGCCGCGUGGGUACCAGCGCGCGACUGA